CUUGGGAUUUUCCCCUUCUUUUCUUGAUAAGCAACAAGAUUUGGGGCUUAGAAUCUUCCCUCUCAACCCAGGAAAAAAAAAUCCCAGAUCUGCUCUCUUCCUUCUGCCGCGAGCCCCCGUUACCACCACCCAUUUCCGGCCGGGAACACCGGUAAAGCUUGGGGAUUUCUCCCUAUUUUCUUGUUCUAGAACAGCUAUUAAACCCAGAAUUUCCAGAUCUGUUUGCUCUGCGUCUUCCUCCCUUUGCUGUCCGCCAAUUGCCAAUGGGUGGGUGGCGAAAUUUUCGGGUUAUUUGGUAAGAUUCAGCCAAGAAAUCAUUCCUUUAGCUUUAAUUCAAGUUGGGUUUACUUUAAUUGCUUGUAUUUCCCUCAAUUUUGAGGUUGGCCAUGAGCUUCUUCUCCAAAUCCGUCCGCUUCCAUGUUCGCCGGAACCGGCCUUUGCUUGCCGGAAAAUUCUGGUUCCUGAUCGUUCUGUCAAUUCAGUACUGAGAUGAGCCUUUGGUUUUAAGCGAGUGAGGUAGUAUGACCUAAGACAUGGAAAUCAAGGGGAGUGACGAGCUAAUUGGCUAGUUAUUGCAUUUGGAUAUAGAUUUUGAGUUUAGAUUGUCCUUGUAAGUUAGAUUCAUUAUUUUGAGUUUAAGUCAUGUUGGACAUAGAUUUAUGGAAUAUAUUAUCAUUUUUGGAAGAUAGAUUGUACCUUGAAUUUUAUGGUAUUAAAACAAAUUUUGCGAGAGUAGAGUUUGUGAUUUGGAUAAGUUCCGAGCCUUGUGCAUUUAUCAUGUGUUCGAUGAAACCUGCUCAAAUGCUCAAGUUUACGAGCUUCUUACCAGGGAUUUAAUUCAUGUUGCGGUUGAAGGGUUCAAUGGUAUUCUUCUUUUCCCCAAAUCGUCCAAAUUUGUUCAAUCACUAAGAUUUUGCUUUAAGCCUUUAGGUUCUCUUUGUAUUUUGUUUGGAUUUGGGAAAGCAUCACAGGUUGUUUUUGAGAUAUCGGAGAAAUUAAAAUGUUUGAUUUGAAUUUCGUAACCUUAAAACAUUUUCCUUUUGGUUGGAUUUUUUCGACUUUGUUGGAAGACUUGCUAGUUUGGGUGCGAGAAUUGACUG